CCGCUCUUCAACUUUAAAAAAAAAAAAAGGCAGUGAAAGUCCUGCGAACAUUCUAGGAACAUUCCUGGUUCCUGUGCCAAGAUGGAGACACAUGGACGCUGCCAAACUGGAGAAACACAUUCAAGAAAUGGACGACGGCAGCUACAUCGAGUUUGAUGUGCCGGAGUUCAGCAACACCGUCCUGACGCAGCUCAACGAGCUGCGGCCGCCGGCAUGUGACAUCAUCGUCCACAUUCAGGGCCAGCCGUUCCGAGCCCACAAGGCCGUGCUAGCGGCUAGCUCGCCCUACUUCCGCGACCACUCGGCCCUCAGCACGAUGAGCGGCCUUUCCAUCUCGGUCAUCAAAAGUCCCGAGGUCUUCGAGCAGCUGCUGGCGUUCUGCUACACGGGUCACAUGUCCCUGCAGCUCAAGGACAUCAUCAGCUUUCUGACCGCCGCCAGCUUCCUGCAGAUGCAGUCCAUCAUCGACAAAUGCACGCAAGUCCUGGAACGCCUCCACUCCAAGAUCAGCCUCCCGGUCGGCACCCCAGAGAAGGACGAGCUGCCGACCAGCCGCAACGGGGACAACGACAGCAACCUCUUUGUGAACCCUACCCAGAUCUCCCCCCCUUACUUCUCCCGGCAGAACCAAGGAGGACACGGCGCGGGUCGGGGGCGACAGCAGCAGCAGCAGGAAGAAGGCCAGUCGGACCGCGGCAGCAGCGACGGCGUGUCGGAGCACGAUAAUCCCAUGGAGGGAGAAACGGAGCAGGUGGAGCUGAUCGGGAAAGACGGGCAAGUAACGGAUGUGCACGUGAAGGUGGAGAAACCCGACCGACCGUCUUACUCCGACAGCUCCUCGGCCGGCGACGACGGUUACCACACGGAGCUGGUGGACGGGGAGCAGGUGUUGGCCGUCAGCGUGGGCUCCUACUGCCCCGUCAUCCAACCGGCGACCUAUUCGUACUCGGGGCUGACCUCGCCGUGCUUCGUCAACAUCAACAGCUCCAGUCCCUCGCGCUCCAUGCUCAGCGGCUACCGAGGCGGACGAGCCCGCUCAAAGCGCCCCGUGGUGAUCCCGGCGGGAAUGCUGAGUCACCUGAAACCCGAUGACAAAGAGUCGCCCGCCGGAGCGCCCGGGCUGGAGAACGACGUGCGCGAGCGCAGCCUGCGCAGCCAGUGGUAUCCCUACAACGAGAGACUGAUCUGCAUCUACUGCGGGAAAACCUUCAACCAGAAAGGCAGCCUGGACCGACACAUGCGCCUGCACAUGGGGAUCACACCCUUCGUCUGCAAGUUCUGCGGCAAGAAGUACACCAGGAAGGACCAGCUGGAGUACCACAUCCGGGGCCACACGGACAACAAACCCUUCCACUGUCAGAUCUGCGGGAAAUGCUUCCCGUUUCAGGGCACCCUCAACCAGCACCUGAGGAAGAAGCACAUGGGGGCGUCGGAGAGCAACAUCCAGGUGGAUUCUCCAGAGAGGACGGAGGGGAGCGCCGGCCGGAAAGACCAGGAGGAGGCGUCGGAGGGGAUGGCCUUCGAGGCCCAGUACGCCGAGGAGGCACCGGCCGACGACAUGGAGGAGAGUUUGAAGUGUAGUCCAGAGCAGGACCAGGCCUCCAGGUGUGAUUUUUAGGCCCGGAGCUUUAAGAAGCAUUUAAACCAUUUUUGAAAAUCAGCUCAUCCCAACCCGGAACGUUUCUGGCCUCGAUGUUUUCUCUCCGUUUUGUGGCAGCGAAGCAUCGGAUGCAGAGAAAAUGCGAUUCUUCCGAGCAAAGGCAGAAACAACGAACUCUUUUUUUUCCAGGAGGUCACAAUAAUCAAGGCCUUCUCAUUGAUUUCUCUCUCUUUUUUUUUUUUUUUUUUUUUGUCUAAUGCUUUAUAAAACAUAUUUACAGAGAUAUAUAGGCAUGUUGCAAUAAUUGAUAAUGUGAAAGCUCUAAGAAGACGCUUGUCAUAUCACCUUUUUACCUGACCUGUUUUUGCACAUGUGGCCGCAGGUCACGUCUCACAAGGAAUGAUUUUUUUUUCUGCCAGUACAAAGCUCGGUGUGACACAUCCGUACAAUACCUCAUGAUACAACUACACACUCACAACAGACAGUAUUUUAACCUAAAUGAAACUCAGCAGGUUCUACCUCAUAGCCCAGAACCUAUCAGGCACAGACAUGUUCACAGUUUUUUUCCAGAGAUCCGUUUCCACGUGUAUACGUACUCAGUGUCGUGUUGCUCAACUCCCGGAGAAUAUUCACGAAGCCUUGAUACUUAACAGUAAAAAUCCCUUGCUGACGGUUUGGAUCGGGGACAAAGUCUCCGUCAGCUGCGUCAUCGUCAGCCAGGCUGAAGAAGGUGCUGCGUUUCGAAGUUCGCGCAAAUUUUUUCUAGCUCGUGUCUUUUGGUUAGCGGCGAGAACGGCCGAAGAGAACGGAACCUGCGUACUUUUUUUAAACGAAAUACUUUGCUGUCUUUUAACAAUUACUCUACGAAAAAUUUGGUCUUUGGUGGGAAACUCGUCACUGCUGGAGAGCGCCACCUUUUGGCCACGGUAGCGUCAGACGCUCUAAUCAAACCCAUGACUCUCCAGCAGAAUUGUGCUGCACCGUUGUCCUGGUGCAUGCUGGGACGUUGUCCCCUCAGCACAGUAAGAACUGUUCCCGUUCCCGUUCUCGUUCUCGUAGUUCCCGUUCUCGUUCCCGUUCUCGUUCUCGUUCCCGUUCUCGUUCUCUUGAAUCAAAGUACACCAGUCUGUGUAAUAUGCAAACUAAAAUACUACAGGAAUCUCAGCCAUUCGACAUCGUCGUCUUCUGUCGGCUUGGUUUCCUCGUUGUCGUGAUGUUUUAGUCCUGUCCGACCUCCGACCUCCGGUUCGGGGCGGUUUAUCUCUCCGUCGACUGUGGUCGGAUGACGCCACAGACGCUCGUCUGUUGUUCUCUAAUUGAACCAAACUGACUUUGUUGUUGUUGGCUGCAGUACUGACCAAAUCCUCUGGGCUGGUGGUCACCUCCUCU